CAUAUUGAGACAUGGACGCAAGCUGUUUAACAUACGGUAAAAAAAAAACAGUUAAAAAUACAGCUGAAAAACCACUACUGCUGUUCCGUUAGAUUGGUAGGCAUUUUUUGUAGUCUAGUAAACGAUGGGGAAACCGUGGCCUGAGACGGGAAUGUGAUGAUGCACAGAGAGAGGAGAGAAAAAUAUCAGGCAAACCCUCCACCCGCAUACUUACGAUCGCAGCGCACCAGGGUAGGACGAAACGAGUGUGAAGGGCGAUGGAAAAACUGUGCUGUAGCUAUAUACCACGAAAGUAGGUAACAAGACACUGUCUGGUACAUUAAUCGCCGACCAUUCUAAGCAGCAUUCUAGCAUUCAGGGACGUAAACUUUGCAUUCUGGGAUACGCAAGUGAUACCUCGGGCUGCUCCCGAUCAUGCAUUUCUGCUGUUGUUUUGCUACUCGACCUGUCAGUAGUCAGUGAACUUGCGAUGCACACCGAGCCUCACUGGUGACGUUAGCAUGGUGCCUUUACGGGCGAAUGCACAUCAGACUACUCACACACGUUUUUGGGAGAACUCGUUAGUUUACCCUGGAAAUAUUAGUAUGGCUACCAUGCUGGUGUGAGGGGUUUGGUGUGUGUGAAUUAGAAGGCUAGCUAGAUAUUUAGCAAUGCAGCUAAGUGUACAAACAGGCUCCGGUUGGCAGGUAAAGUAUAUGCUGAUUAGUGAAGAGUCUUAGUGGCGUUUGAAAGCGAUCUCACCCUCCGGCUGGUUCUGUAAAUGAGAACAUGACGAGGCUCCUACCGUAACGGUGGGAUCGAGUAACAGCACCUGAUCUGGGUACUCUGUGAGGAAGGCCUAUCUGACCGGCGUGUGUAGCUGCUGGCCUGGCUGUAGGAGCACCCCCUGCUGGCCAGACCCGCACAGCUGAGCUAGCCGCCACGCAGCACACCCACGCGAUGUGCCUGUCAGGCGCCAUGAACGCGGGCAAACAGAGCGCCAGCCUGGAGUCAGGUGCGAGCCGCGGGGUGCUGCUGGAGCCCUUCAUCCACCAGGUGGGCGGCCACACCAGUAUGAUGCGCUACGACGACCACACUGUGUGCAAACCGCUCAUCGCCCGCGAGCAGCGAUUCUACGAGGCCCUGCCGCCGGAGAUGAAGGAGUUCACCCCCGAAUACAAAGGUCUGGUGCUGGUGUGCUUUGAGGGCGACUGUGACGGCUACAUCAACUUGGUGGCAUACCCCUUCGUGGAGAGCGAGGCUACAGGCCGCGACGACAUGGUUGACCCAGAGCAGCCACGACGCAAGCAGUCCCGCCGGAGCCUACACCGUGCUGGCAGUGACCACAGGGACGAUGCCGAUAGCACGGAGAGCCCCCAGGAGCCCGAGAGCCCCCAUCUGCAUCUGCUCCACUCGGAUGUCUCCUUCCGGAUGCUGGACGGCAACAGUGGCCCGGCUACGGAGAAGAUCGGCCACAAUCCUUGGAGCCUGCGCUGCCACAAGCAGCAGCUGAGCCGCAUGCGCGCCGAGUCCAAGGACCGGCGACUGUACAAGUUCCUGCUGCUGGAGAACGUGGUGCACCGCUUUGGCCGCCCCUGCAUCCUGGACCUGAAGAUGGGCACGCGGCAGCAUGGCGACGAUGCCACCGAGGAGAAGGCCGCCCGCCAGAUGAGGAAGUGUGAGCAGAGCACGUCAGCCUCGCUGGGCGUGCGUGUCUGCGGUAUGCAGGUCUACCAGGUAGACACGGCGCACUACCUCUGCAGAAACAAGUACUAUGGCCGUGGCUUGUCUGUGGAGGGCUUCCGGCAAGCUCUAUGCCAGUUCAUGCACAACGGCAUCCAGCUACGAAGGGACCUGUUGGAGCCCAUUCUGGACAAGCUGGUUCGCCUGAAAGCAGUGCUGGAGAAGCAGGCUUCCUAUCGCUUCUACUCCAGUUCCCUGCUCAUCAUCUACGAGGGCAGGGAGCCCAGGCUCAGACCAUCGGGGCAGGAUGGACCGGCGGUCCACGGACCAUCAGAACCUGCCCUAUUACCUCGAAUCCCGGCGGCCUCCAGUGACCUUCCUCCGCAGCCCCCAGCUGCUUUUCCGCCGCCCUGCGUCGAUGUGCGCAUGAUAGACUUCGCUCACACCACAUUCAAAGGUUUCAGAGACGACCCCACGGUUUACCAUGGGCCUGACAAGGGGUUUGUGUUUGGCCUGGAGAGUCUCAUCAGGGUUCUGGAAGGCAUUCAGGAAGAGACCCAGUAGCUAGGAAAAGGGCAUAAUAAAUGUGCAAAGCCUUUCUGUUAGAUCAGAUCUGAAAUAAAUGCCCAGCAAAGUGGAUGCUGUGCCAGAUGUGGUAUCCAUAUAGUAGUUAUGGUUGCCCUCAUUAGCACAUAGUAGGAUGAUAAACUAGGUCACUUAUCACUCCCACGAGGGAUUUCCAAAUACUGCAGCAAGUCGCAGUAAGCUCAGAGAGGGUGCC